AUGGCCCAACAAAAUAGACAGGUUUUGAAUUGGCUGACAGCGGAUAGGGGAGGAGUAUGUCACAUGUUCGGGAAACAUUGUUGUACCUUUAUUCCAACUAACACAGCCCCUGAUGGUAUAUUUUCUGUGGCAACGGGGAAGCUUACAGAACUCAGAGUUGAGCUCAGGGAGAGUGCGGGCAAGGGGGGACUGUCAUGGGAUUGGUUAGACCAAAUUUUAGGAAAAUGGGGAGCCGUUUGGGCUAAGAUAGGACUCAGUGCAUUAGCAGUCCUAAUUCUAAUUUCCUUUUUGACAUGUUGCAUCAUCCUGAGGAGGCAGUGUCUGCGGGCUCUGGGCAGACAGGUGACUGUGGCGACUGGUCUCCAAAAAGCUCAAAUGUUGGACUUGCUGACGCCGUCCCAAAUGGCACAACUCUGUUUGAACGACAGCAGGGCAGGAAAUGGGGACUAUACGGACUUAUACCCAAACCCUGCCUGUGUGGGUGACUCCGAUGAGGACGAACUGAGUCAAGUGUAA